CAGAAGGAAGAACAAAACAAGAUAGCGUCUGGCGGAGAAUACGUUGUAUUGGUUAUUAUGGUUUCUAGGUCUUAAUUACAACGUACAUGUGCACAUUUGUGUCGUUUAACAGAGUAAACGUCGUUAUUAAUUGUUUGUAUGCGGAUACAUUAGUCUGAGUGCACUUUGACGUGCUAGCCUAGCCUGCUGGUUAGCUUAGCUUGUUAGCUGCUAACAAAGAGAGGCGGAAGUGAUCGACACAUCAAAGCAGAGAUCCAAUGUCGGGUCGCGGGGCCAGCAGCCUAAGUAGGGAAGCCCAAUCUUUCCUUUCUCCAGCCACUUCAUACAGCUCUUUCUACGGGAUCCCGAGGCGUUCCAAGGCCAGCCAGUUUCUAACAUAAUAGUGAGAGUCCAGUCCAUAGUGGGGCCAGACAGAGACCAUCCCGAGCGCAGACAGACAUCUGUGAAGAACAUCUUCACCCUCAGCAACAGAAGUGGAGCUUCAGGAUGCAGACGGAGGAGCCACAGCCCUCCCACAUUAAGAAGGAAGAGGAAUACCUUCAGAUCUCCCAUUUUAAAAAGGAAGAGGAAAACCCACUAAUCCCCCAGUUUAAAGAGGAAGCGGUGGAUCCACAGAGCCCACACAUUAAGGAGGAAGAGGAGGACCCACUGACCCCUCACAAUAAAGAGGAAGAGGAAGAACACAGGAUCAAUCAGCAGGGAGAGCAUCUUGAAGGACUGGAGGAGGUUGAUGUCACCAAGAUGCCAGUGACUGGUGUCCCUGUGAAGAGUGAAGGUGAUGAGGUGAAAGGUGAAAGUGAGGAGAGGGGACGGGGGGAGCCUCCAAGCAGCAGCUCAACACAACACAUGACAACAGAAGCUGAUGGAGACCACUGUGGAGGAUCACAAGCAGACAAGCUCUUAGCUCCACUAUCAGAUAGUGAGGACACAACGUCACACUCUCCUGACACUGAUGAUGAAGACUCUAAAGAUGAUAAGACAUGUCACACUGACAACACUCACUUCACAUGUUCUCUCUGUCACAAAACCUUUAAAUACCAUAGUUAUCUGAAAAGACACAUGAGAACACACACUGGAGAAAAACCUUUUUCUUGCUCAGUAUGUGGUGAAGGUUUUGUUCGAAGUGAACAUUUGAAAGUACACAAGAGAACACACACUGGUGAAAAACCUUUUGUCUGUUCAAUAUGUGGUAAAGGUUUUGCACACAGUAACAAUUUAAAAAGACAUAUGAGAACAGACACAGGUGAAAAACCUUUUUCCUGUUCAACCUGUGGUAAAGGUUUUACACAAAGUCAGGAUUUGAAAAAACACAUGAGAACACACACUGGUGAAAAACCUUUUUGUUGUUUAACCUGUGGUAAAGGUUUUACACAAGGUCAACAUUUGAAAAGACACAUGAGAACACACUUGUGAAAAAUCACAUUCCUGUUCAAUCUGCAACAGAAGCUUUAGUGAGCGAUCAACCCUUGUAGCACACAUGAGAAGACACCCAGGAGAGAAAGUGUUGAGUUGCAGUGUGUGUGGUGAAAGAUUGUCUUCUAAGUACCAGUGUAAGAAACACAAGUGUGCUGGUGAGAACAGCAGCAGCAAAUGAAACUGCAGGAUUUGAAAUAAACUGUCCAGACUUU